AAUAAUUUUAUUAUACUAUAUGAUAAAAUAUUUAAUAAAUAAAUUACAUGAAUAUAAUUUAAUAAAAAGGUUCUCAGGACCUAAAGCAUAUCCUCUCAUUGGAAAUCUACAUAUAUUUCUUGGUGAUAUCAAGGAUAUAACUAAAAAAUUGUUAAAAGCAAUUGAAUACUCUCCAUCACCAUGGCGAUUAUGGUUAGGGCCAAAAUUAUUUGUAUUAUUAGAUGAUCCGAAACAUAUUGAAAUUAUUUGUAAACAUUCAAAUGCUUUUGAGAAAAGUCUCGUAUAUGAUUUUAUGAAACCUUGUAUAGGUAAUGGUUUAGUAACUGCUCCAGCAUCAAUAUGGAAAACUCAUCGAAAAUUGUUAAAUCCAAUAUUCAAAGAAAAAUCUCUUUCUAUCAAAGUGGACAAGAUAAUAAAACAUUCAAAUAGAUUUGCAAAAAUUCUUGAAAAUUCUAAUGAAAAAGAAAUAGACAUUUCGCAUUACAUAAAUCUUUGUACUUUGGAUACGAUAUAUGAUACAGUUUUAGACCGGGAUUUUAAUUUCCAAAAUAAUUUAGAAGGAGGACUUCGUGACCAUAUUUCAGUAUUAAUUGACAUAGCGACCCAAAGGAUCUUCAAAUUUUGGUUGCAUCCGAAUAUCAUUUUCUAUAAUCUAUCUGUAGGAAAAAGAUUCAGAGAAGCUUUAUCACAUUUGGAUAAAAUCACCUCAGAGAUAAUAAAGGAACAGAAGGAAUCGAUGCAAGAAAAGAAAAUUAAUGGCGAAAUGAAAGAAAAAGAUGCAACAAAAUAUACUCCUUCAUUUCUUGAUUCGUUAUUCAAAUCAUUCUACGAGGGAAAAGAAUAUACGGAGCAAGAUAUUAGAGAUGAAAUCAAUACAAUAGUUAUGGCUGGAGGCGAUUCAACCGCUGGUACAAUUUCUUUUGUAUUUUUAAUGUUAGCAACUUACCCAAAAAUUCAAGAACAAGUAUACGAUGAGCUCUACCAAAUAUAUGGUUUAACCGAUCCUGAAGAUGAGCAUAUUACAUACGAAGAUAUUAAGAAUAUGAAAUUUUUGGAUCGAGUGAUGAAAGAGACUUUUCGUCUUUUUCCUCCCAGUCCUUUUAUUGCACGAAAUGUGUGUGAAGAUAUAGAAGUGAGCGAGGGUGUAAUAGUACCAAAAAAUUCUACUUGUGUACUCAUGCUUUAUGCACUUCAUCGAAACGAAAAAUAUUGGAAAGAUCCUCUACAAUUUAAUCCUGAUAGGUUUUUACCUGGCAAUUACAAUACUAAACAUUUUUUACCAUUCAGCAUUGUUCCAAGAGUAUGCAUUGGUUUGAAUUUUGCAAUGCUCGAAAUCAAAGGAAUAAUUGCUACUGUAUUAAGAAAAUUUUCUGUUCAUGUAGAUGUCCCACAAAAAGUGGAAGACAUAGCUCUACAAUUCGGUAUAACAAUGAAACCUGCGAAAAAGAUUUUUUUAAGGUUUAGGAAGAGAUAAUACCUAUUAUUAUUGUCAAUAUUUUUUGAAAAUUUAAUAAUCUUUUUAUAAAUUGUUUAAAAAUAAGAAGUCUUCCAGUCCUGUUUUCAGGAUACGUUUUGUUUUAGUAGACCUUUCCCUUGUUCCACUAGUUUAUUUAUGAUUGUUAAGUCAUUACCGGUUUAUGAUCGGAGGUGAUUGUAGACGAUUGAAUCAUAUUCAAACGUCGCUUGUCCUAGACUUUUCCAUCUUAACGGGACUGAGUAAUGACAUAUUCGUCAUCCUUUCACCAUUUCUAUCUCCCAACUACACACGGGAUACGACGCCCUGCUAGGCCAUCAAAAGGAAUCGCUCGUCCUCUUUUUCCUGAGGAAACCUAUGAUGACGUAUCUUACAUUAGCAGCAAAAGAGAACUAUGCAGCACAUACAAAUAAGAGUAUAAGGGAGGAAAGUGUAUCGGCAAUCCAUACACUUCCGCCACGGUAAUUUCCUGCCACGCAGGUGAGAUCCACUCAUUGUACUUACAUACAAUCGUGGAUAUAUAUAUAUUGAAGACUGUUAAUAAUUUAGUAUUAACCAAGUGUACACCUUACGCAUCCUUCAAAGCCAUUCCCAUCAUUUUUCAAAUUUUAGCUAUUUUUCAGGACGUGUAUGUAGUAAAUUUACAUUUUUAAAUUUUUUGUCAAGUCCGCCUGCAUGAUCACUGAGUGGAUUGAGUAGCUCAGUGGUUAUGUUGCCGGUCCCAAGCCCGGAUAAAGGAUGAAGGUUAAAAGAUUAGGUUAGCUCCCUGCCUGGCGUAAAACAUAUAACACGCUCACAGACCCGCAGAAUCGCCUCGGAUUAGGACUGAUACACGGAAAACGACCCAGGCACGGAAAAGGACAGUGAGUUGGAAACGGAAAAAUAUCCUGAGAAUAGCUUCCUGAGAAUAGCAUUCAACAAUAAAGAGCAAGAAAUAACAGAAGAGCUAAAAAAUAUGAAAGUAGACGUUGCUGCAUUACAGGAAACAAAACAAAAGGCAAAGGUCAAAAAGCGUACGGGGAAUAUGUGGUAAUAUAUAGUGGUGUUGACAAGAAUGAAAGAGCUAAAGAAGGCGUGGCUAUCGCCUUACAUAAGAAAUACACCAACCAAGUGGAAAAAUGCCAAUAUAUAUAUAUAUAUCAUAACCACGUAUAGUAAUGGUAAAGUUGAUGACCGAACCAGAACCUCUGCAUAUAAUAUCGGUCUACGCGCCAGAAGACAACAAGCUGAAACAAGAAGAGGAAACUUUUUUUAAUGAACUUUAGAGUAUCGUGGAGUCAGUACCACCAAGUGAAUCAAUUAUCAUCUUCGGAGAUUUUAAUGCUCGCAUCGGUAACGAGCCAAUCUUCGGAGUCAAGCAACGGUUCAACAAAAACAUAAUUAAUGAUAACGGGAAACUUAUGAUCAACCUCUGUUCUCUGACAGGGCUUAAAAUCAAUAACACCUACUUUAACCAUAAAGCCCAACACAAAUAUACGUUUGGUAACAGCCGCGAUCAAAAGUCAACUAUUGACUACGUUGUGACGAGCAGAUGCAUACCACCUUCCGAAAUCUUAGAUGUCAGAGUGCUUAACUCAGCUGAUGUGGGAAGCGAUCAUGGUUUACUCCUGGGCAAAUUUUGAUUAAAGUAUAGCUUCAAAAGAAAACAGCAACACCCAGUCAGAGCAAGAGAAAAAAUUAGGGUAGAAGCUCUCUAGGACCCAACUAUCCGUGAUCUUUAUAGAAAAUGAUUAGAAGAAAAAGUUGAACUGCAUCCAACCACUAACUUGGACGAUCUCAAAAUAAUUUGGAGCUAACUAACAACAAACAUCAGAACUGCAGGUAUAGAAUCUGUAGGAAUAACAACAUACAAAAGCCAAGGUUUCACAAAAAAUAAAACAUCAUGGUUCUGAGAAGAAGUUAAAAAACAGUGCAGAAAGAAGAAAGAAGCAUACAUAGAGUAUCUAACAACCCGAACUGCUGAGUCAUCCAACGCAUAUAAACAAAUUCGGAAUGAAACCGGUACUAUGGUGAGACAACUAAAAGACAAGUACUAGGAGAUCUUUUCAAAGCGACUAGAAAGAUACUUUUACUGGCUCCAGAAACAGAUGUGAUGAUUCAUAAGAAGCCAAAAGAAAGAAACAAGCGAGUUAAUACCCGCUAGUCAAAUUAGUAAGGAAACGUGGACCAGUUACCUUAAAGACCUAUAUAAAGGUGCACCCAUGCAACAACCAGCACCGAGUGUGGUAAUGGACGACCAGAUAUGAAUAAUUGAGUCGGACAUUAGAAAAGCACUACAUAAACUCAAAAAUAAGAAAAGUCCGGGUCGGAUGAUAUCACUAACGAACUUCUCAAGUAUAGCGGCAAAAGAUUGCUUCAGGAGUUGACUGUAUUAACACAAAAAAUUUUUGAACAACAAAAAAUUCCCGACGAGUGGCGAACAAGCAUAACAAUCCUUUUUUUAAAGAUAGGUGACAAGAAGGUGCCUGCGAAUUACAGAGGAAUAAAUCUACUGUCUUUCACCCUGGAAUUAGUGACCAAAGUCAUAACAAACCUAAUAAACGAGCGAAUCACACUAACUGUUGAACAACAAGGUCUCCAAACUGGACUAUCAUGCACAGAUGCAGCGUUUGUUAGCAGACAAAUAACUGAAAAAUCUAUAGAAUAUAAUAAACCAGCAUUUUUCUGUUUUAUAGAUCUAGAAAAGGCGUUCGACCGGAUACGGUUAGAGGAUAUAGUGCACCUUCUGUAUGACAGACAAAUACCAAGUAAAAUCAUUAAAACUAUCGAAGACAUCUACCGAAAUAAUUGAAUACAGACAAAGAUAAACAAUGAACUUACAGAACCCAUAAUGGUGGAAAGAGGUAUUCGACAGGAUGACUCACUGAAUCCCAUACUUUUUAAUAUUAUAACGGAUGAAAUCAUAAAGAAGGUACGCGGACAAAGAAGAUAUCGAAUGGGGAACCGAGAGAUAAAAAUCUUGUGUUACGCCGAUGAUGCAGUCCUGGUAGCGGAAAAUGAGGAUGACCUGCAAAGGCUCCUGUAUACGUUCAACACAGUUGCUAAGACAAUCGGGAUGUCUAUAUCUGUUAAAUUUAUCUAAAAUUGGUUGUGGAUCGGGUUGGUUGCAUGAUAACAAACUAGAAAGUAUAAGUAUUAUUAUUUAUUGUAACCAAUUAAUUCAAAACUUACAUAUUUUAAUGGUCAUAAGAAACCAAGUGCAAACGCUUCUACAUCACGUGGAGCUAUAUAUACGACUAACUACGGUAAAACAAAAAGGAAUCAUUCGAAAAAAUUCGGAUUGAUUCGGAUCGAUUCGGAUCGAGUCGGCCGCUGCCGCUCAAGCUUAUCAGCAAUACAUUGUACAUUCUUCAACAAUAUCAACAUCCAAGACUAAAUGCAUGACUACAUCUAAAAAACCCCUAAGAUGUAAAUUGGUUGUCGAUGACAAGAUAAUAUAACAAGUGAUAAAGUUCAACUACUAGAUAUAAAAUUUUCGAGCUUCGGUGACAUAGAGUCAGAAAUAAGAGGACAAGCCAUCAAGGCAGCAAGAACAGCCUCACUAUUAAACGACACCAUAUUCCGAAACAAGCAUCUAAGAAUAGAUGCAAAAGCGCUAUAAGGCCUAUACUAACAUAAGCGGCAGAAACAAGACCCGAAACAUCUAAAACACGCCAAAUCAUGGAAACAACUGAAAUUAAGAUAGUUCGCAGAAUAGCUAGGAAAUCACUAUGGGACAGAGUAAAAUGCGAAGACCUCAGAAAAGCAUGCCAGAUCGAGAAUAUCAACGACUGAGUAUUAAGCAGAAAAAUGAGUGGAAUGACCACAUAAUUCGCAUGACAGAGGACCGACGGUCAAAAUAUCCCGAGAUAAGUUACCAUCGGGGAGACGAAGCGUUGGAAGACCUCGAAAGCGCUGGAGCGACAGUCUGACUAUAUGAAGCGCGUCGCGAUGAAGAACAGACAUUGUGCCUAUUUGGAAGAAAGAACAAGAAGAAGAAAUUCAUUGUCCUUCACACAUCGAUGUUUUAUAUUAAAUAGUGUAUGGUGCACUUUUGAGAAACCUUGUCCAAAAUGUUUGCAACCAAUUCACAUUUUCUCCAUCAGUGUUUCUACUUAUCGUAUAUAUAUACAUGUCAUUUAGUCCAAGUAGAUUCGUACUUAGGACAUCCAGUCUUCAUCCUCGAAGAACCCUUAAUAAAUCGGCUUAUUAAAGGGCUAUUCGUGAUAUUCUCGAUCAAAGAUAACGCCGCCCUGGCUGAGUUUAGCGCGCUAUGUCCAACUCCAUCACUGAAUCUUUCCGUCAAUAAUUUCAAAACCUUCUCCACAGACAACUCAUAUGGAUCUCCGAUGACCUGAUUAUUCCAACGCCACCAGAGCUUCAAAGUUUCAUUGUAAUUUUUUAAUGUUGCUUUUGCUAGUUAAGCUAGCGAGAUAUCCACUGCUUCCUUAAGCAUGUCCUUGAUUACAAGUGCCUGGCUGAUAACCUGGCGACAACUAGGGUAAGUCUUGCAGCCAAAGGAUGAUGACGUGACCUGAGUAGGCCAGUAAGGUACAACCAAAAUACCUUUUGCUUUAUCAUUUUUGAUUUUCUUAAUCACUCUAGCUAUGAUGGAAAAGGGGAGAAAGGCAUAAAAUAUCCAAUCUGACCAACUAACUGUAAAAGCAUCAAACGCGAAGGCUUCUGGAUCUCCCUCCACGAGCAACCGCGCAUUUAGUAUUGAUUCGCGAAGAAAAUAGAUCGAUCCCCAGAUUCCCGAAUCUUCUGAUGAUUCUUUUAAACGCAUAGUCUGCUAAUUUUCACUCCGCGUCUGGGUUAUCGAUUCCUAGUGAUCGGUCAACCUCCACAUUUUCCUUCGACGGGAUGUACGAGGCGUAAACCCAUAAUUGGCGGCCCUCGCACCGAUUCCAUAGCUCACUCGCCAAGCUAUGUAGCCCGGCAUAACAGACACCACCAAUCCUAUUGAUAUAGGCCAUUGUUGUCGUGUUGUCCACCAUGAGUAAGCCAUUAGUGUCCCUCAGGUCCGUCGCAAAACACUACAAGGCCCAUAGUGUCGCUUUAAGCUCCAGGUGGUUUAUAUGAAGACUUCUCUCCUUCUGGCUCCAGAACCCAUUGGCGCUUUCACCUUUUUACUGGCAUCUGGUAAGGCCUUUAACCACUAAUCCCAGUCCUCCAGGGUAUAUUUAUUAUGCUCCAUGGCUGAAUCAAAACAACCUCUACUUUUUUCUAGAGCUUGGACUUUCGUCCUUUCAAUGAUCUACAGUGUAACAAACUGUACUUAACUGCCGGACAACACGCUACUACUGUCCCCACAACCUUGCCAAAAUCACGAAUCUUCACCGUGUCCUUUUUCUUAAGAUCCUCGAUCUGUUUCUGUACUGAGACUAUUUUCUCUCUUGGAAGCUCCCUGUAAUCCUCAUUGUAAAUGGGUCAAAAAUAAAGCCUAAAUAUUAACGUCUUCUUUUGGGCUUCAAAUUGGACUUAUCAACAUUCCCAAUGAAUCAUAACCUCUCAUCCGAAGAUAGUUUAUUACCGGCUUCAACAACUUGGUAGUUGUUAAUGGACACGUGCAUAAGGGCAAACAAACAAACUCAUAAAUUUUCCCCUUAAGGGUAUACUGGUCUAGAAAUUAAAAAAAAUCGAUUUUUUUGUCUGUUUUUAAAGCUUAUCCUUUUGGAAUUUCCUUCUCGAGUUACUAGCAACGUAAAGGCGCGUUUUCCUGAACGCGAGGAACGGGCCGUGGGCAAGGAACAGGCCAAUGAGAACCCGUAAUGUAGGGAGAAAGAAAUUUCCUAUUUAACUUUGAUCUCCUGGGACGAGCUUUUAUUCACAGUAUGUGGUGUACCACGUGUUAGAGAAAUACAAAGAAAGUUUUAUAUAGAGUACAACGAGAAGCGUGACUAGCCGGUUCGGCGGACAAUGAGAGAGUGUCCGAGUGAAUGAACUCCCACGGCGAUCCAAGCAUCCGGAAGUAGAGAGGGCAACGGUCGCAGCGAUCACUUUGCAGCCCUGACCAAUCAAAUACGUUGUCAAGCUAAUUGGAUGCCCCUGCGUGGUGGUCAAGCCGCGAGGCCAGAGCGGAAAUGCCCCUGGUAGACCAGCGCACCCCUGCAGAGUCGCAUCACGUGGUGCAUAAGGAAGCUAGUGCUGGCGACCGAGAGGUGUCAGCACUUUUCCUGCACGCGAUGCUGCAGCUGCGCGCAGUCGGCCGAGAGGUGUCAGCACCGUGCUGGUGAGUGUGGCGAUACGUGCCUAGUGUAUCGACGCGGCACACUGGCGCCCUUCCUCCCUAUGCGGGUACUAGACUAACUAAACCCAAGUUGAACGUAACGGUCGAAAUGUAAGUUAGUCCUAUAUAUGGCGUCCAAGAGUUUAGUUGUAUCUUGUUAAUAAAUUUAUAUAUU